UGGCUGCACCCAUGCAUGCUGAACCUGACACCUGAAGCACCUCAAAGAGCUGGGUGUUCAGGUCUCAGGUGACGGUGUCGGUGUCACAAAAUGGCUCUUCUGUCCCUUCCGCCCCGAUUUCAGUGGAUAGCCGAGAAUGUGGCCAGCGCUUUUAACAUCAAAAAUGUGGAGAGCACCAUCCAAGAGAACCUGAACCACAAGAAGCUUACAGAGUUCUUGGAGGGGAAGACCAAACAGCAACACAUUUUCUUCUUCUACCAGCGUCCGGACACGCAGAACGAGCACAACGAGCUCGUGGACAGUCACAAGGACAGCAAGCUGACCAUCACCACUGGGGAGAACGAGCGCAUCAAGAGUUUUGCUGUCUACUUCCUCCGGACGGUGCCGCAGGACAAGGCCAUCAAGACAGAUGUGUUCUCAGACCACGAGCUUCUCUUCGGAGAAGUGACCGCCAAUCCCUUGGAGAGUCUGAGCGCCACCUUGGCCAACAUUUUUCAGCCCAUCAGCGCGCGUGGCCGCACAGAGAUCCAGUGGGGCCAGUGUGACCAGGAGCAGAAGGUGGAGUUCCUGUCGUCCUUCGAAAAGUUCUCCGUGGAGCUUUCGGAGUCCAUCAGUGCCUUAAGCGCGGGCAUCGUGUUGAAGAAGGACCUGCCUUCGGGGCUUUUCCUGGAUCCGAGCAGCCCGCAGUACCAGGACAUGCUGAGAGAGAAUCCGGAGGUCAUUGGCGAGUACGGAGCUCUAUUGGAAUCCUGGUGUCGCGACAUUGAACGAUACCUGGAAGAAGGUUUGGAUCAACAAGCUGUUGAGAAGGAGCCAGGACCGCGUGGUGAGCUCGACUUCUGGCGCAGCCGCAUGCAAAAGAUCACCUCCAUCACGGAGCAGCUCAAGGGCCGCGAGUGCAAGGCGGUCUUCGACGUGCUUCACGCCGUGACGCGGCACGGAGGCAGUGACGUGGCGCCUAAGAGCCGGCAGACCGUCUUCAAUACACUGAGAAGAUGGAAACAAAUCGACAUCUCCAUCACCGAAGCUUUCAACGAAGCGAAAGACAAUGUGAAGUAUUUGACGACCUUGGAGAAGUUCAUUGAGCCUUUGUACAGUGGGAGCCCAUCCCAGAUCAUCGACGCCCUCCCGGCCUUGCUGAACUCUGUCACCAUGAUCCACACCAUCGCGCGGUAUUACAAUACCUCCGAGCGCAUCACGAACCUCUUCUCCAAGAUCACCAAUCAGAUGAUCGUCAACUGUCGGUCCUGCAUUAUUGGUGAUUGCGAGGAUGCAUCACAUUUGUGGGAUAUUUUGCCACCAGAGCUCAUCAAGAACUUAGAGGUGUGUUUGAAGCUCAAUGAGGCCUAUCAAGAGCAAUACAACCUCACCAAAAGCAAGCUCAUGACCUUGCCGAAGGGCAAGCAGUUUGACUUCAACGAGAGCUUGAUCUUCGGGCGCUUCGACCUUUUCUGCCGAAGAGUGGUGAAGCUCAUCCACAUGUUCGGCACAGUGCACCAAUUCAAUCAGCUGAAGAUCCACUUGAAAUCCAUGGACGGGAUCCGGCAAUUGGUCGCAUCUUUCCAAAACAUCGUGGACGACUUCAAAGUGAAGCGUCAUGACUUGCUGGACUUCCUGAACAAUCGCUUUGACCGAGACUAUGUGGAGUUCAAUGUGCGUGUGAGUGAGUUGGAGAGCCGAUUACAAGAGUUUAUCAACCAAUCCUUCCACAACAUCGCCUCCAUCGAUACCUCCUUGAAGCUUCUGAGCAAAUUCCAAUCGAUUCUGCAGAAUGGCAGCUUGAAGACCGACUUGGAGUCGAAGUUCUCGGUGAUUUUCCACAACUACGGUCAAGAGCUGGAGGUGCUGAAGGAGGUGUACGAGAAGCAACGGGGCUCACCGCAGUUCGUGCGGAACAUGCCCCCGGUGGCUGGGAACAUCAUGUGGUCCAGGCAGCUGCUGCACCUCAUCAUGGAUCCCAUGCGCCGCUUCCACUUGAACCCCUUGGUGCUGGCCGGCGGCAAGGAGGCCAAGCGCAUCACCAAGAUGUACAACAAGAUGGCCAAGACCUUGGUGGAGUUUGAGAUCGUUUGGCAUCAGGCUUGGAUGAGCUCCUUGGAGACCACCAAAGCAGGACUCAACGCCACGCUGAUGAUCAAACAUCCCGAGGAUCAGAAGUAUCACGUGAACUUUGACUCCGAGAUUUUGCAGCUCAUGAGGGAAACCAAGAUCAUCGACCGCAUGGGGCACAUCGACAUCCCUGAGAGUGCUCGGAUGAUCCUGCUCCAGGAAAAGAAGCUGAAAGCUUACUACAACGAGCUGAACUUCUUGUUGCAAGAGUAUCGACGAGUCACGCAGAUGGUGAAGCCGAUCACUGCCAACUUAUUGAAACCGCACUUGGAGCACCUGGAGUUGCAGUUGAGGCCUGGCAUGGUCACUUUGACCUGGAUGUCCAUGAACUUGGAUACCUAUCUCAAGAGCGUUUGGGAUGCUUUAGCCCAGCUGGAACAGCUGAUUUCGGGCAUCAACGACAUCAUGGAAAGCCUAGUGGAUGCAAACCUUCGCCUGGUCUCCCGCGUGUUGUUGGCAGACCUGCCCGAGGACACGCGUUUGGUGUCCCUGGACGACUUUGUGGACCUUCAGGAGCGGCAUGUGCGACGCACCACCGAGUGGCUGGUGGCCAAGAACCAGGAGACCGAGGAGGCGGUCAAUGACAUGCUGGGCACCAUCGUGGCCUUCCCCUUGGAUCCGCAUGUGCGCGGCAUCUCCGAAAGCGAGAUCAUCAAAGUGAAGGCCCACUAUAACUGGAGUAUGUACCAGUCGCUGCUCGCAGCCACCAAGCGGUCCCUCCACAAGGUCAAGGAGCGCCUCGCGGCACGGAAGCAGUCAGACGGCUCCCCAUUGCCACCCAUCUUCGAGGUGGAGCUGCAGCUGAAUGGCCUGGGCGUGUGUUUGCAGCCGUCCAUCGAGGAGAUCCAAAGCGCCGUGAAUGGCGGGGCCAUUGCGGUGCUGAAGAGCUCCAAGAUGAUCGAGGCCUGGGACACUGUGACCAUCCCCAAAAACGUGCAGCUCUUGUUGAAUCCCAACCUCCCUCCUGUUCGGGGCAGUGGUUCUCAAGGGACCUUCUAUGAUCGAGUGGCACAAGAUAAAGAGAUUCUGCGAGUGGUGCUGCUGCUCACCGGCAGUAUUCAGAACGCCCGGAACGGGAAGGAUGAGUAUUUGAAGGACUUUGAACGCUGGAGCUGGCUCUGGAACCGCGACAUCGAUGAGGAGUAUCGGAAGUUCUUGCGCACCGAGCCGUCUUUGGACGAGUUCGAGGCGCGUUUGAGGUCCUUCGCACGCCUGGGCGACGAGUUCCAGCUAAUCGAUGCCAGCCGUCAGAUCUCGGCGCUCUCCUUGCAGGCAGGCAACCUGGCCAGGAGCCUCAGAGAGCUAGCAGGCCGAUGGAAGGAAUCCUUUGCCAAAGAGCUGCACAAGAAGGCCUUCCUGCGGCUGGAGGCUUUGAGCGAGGUCAUCAAGUCGACCAUGAAGAAGCUGAGUCAGGAGGUGGCAGAUGGGGACAUCGAAGCCUUGGGCCAAGUGAUGCGCACCCUGCGCGAGGUCCGAGAGAAGCAGGGUGAGAUCGAGUUGGAAUUGGAACCCGUCGCCCAAAUGUAUGCCAUGUUGACUUGCUACUUGCCCAACAUCCUGGACAAGGAGGAACAGGAUGCCCGCAGCAUGCUGCAGAGUAGCUGGACCCGCUUACUCGCCGAGAGUGAGACCAGGCACCUGGAGCUCACGGUGAAGCAGGUGCACUUCAAGCGAAAUCUCAUCAAGACGGUGCAUUCCUUCAAGCGCGACGUGGAGAAGUUCCGGCGCGACUACGAGGAGCGCGGGCCCAUGGUCAAGGGCAUCCGCCCGGGACAGGCCGUGGAACGCCUGAAGCGCUGCAAGGAGGAAUUCGAGGUGCACGCUCGGAAGCGGCAGAUCUUCGGCUUGGGCGAAGACUUGUUCGGCUUGCCCCACCAGAGCUACACGCAACUGGACCAGACGGAGAAAGAGUUGGACUACCUCAGUCAGCUCUAUGACUUGUACACCGCCGUCCUGGAGACUAUUGGCAGGUGGAAAGACUACCUGUGGGUGGAUGUGCCUGCACAGAUGGAGAGUAUGAAGAAGGAGGCGGAUCAGUUUGCGUAUCGCUGUAAGAAGAUGCCACCGCAGCUGCGCGAGUGGCCGGCAUACCAUGAGCUCAAGAAGGAGAUUGAAGAUUUUCAGCACAUCCUGCCCAUUCUCAUGGAGCUCUCCAAGAAGAGUAUUCAACAGAGGCACUGGCAGCAGGUGAAUGACAUCACCGGAAAGGACCUCCAAGUGGAGAGAGAGGACUUCAAACUCCAGUCAUUGAUCGAUGCCAAGCUGAAUGAUUUCAAAGAUGAAAUCCUCGACAUCACGGAAUCGGCCGAUAAACAGCAGAUCAUCGAAGAGAAGCUCGCAGAUAUCACGGCCCUUUGGAACACCACCCGCUUCGAGUUCUCCACGUCGAAGGGUCGGGAGACGCCCUGCGUGUUGGUCGGGCACAAAGUCACGGAGGUCCAGGAAAGCCUUGAGGAGACGCAGAUGAUCUUGAACGCUAUGAACGCCCAACGGCAAUCCGCGCCCUUCAAGGAAGAGUUGGUGGCAUUGAUCACGACCUUGUCGGACACGGCGGAUAUCAUCGAACGUUGGUACAAGGUGCAACAAAUGUGGACCUCCUUGGAGUCCGUCUUCACCGGUGGCGACAUCGCCAAGCAGAUGCCGGCGGAAGCCAAGAAGUUUCAGCAGAUCGAUAAGGACUGGUUGAAGAUCAUGCAUAAAUCUGCCGAGACAUUGAAAGUGGUGGAUUGCUGUCAAAAUGAGCUGCUGCGACAGAUGUUGCCAGUCCUUCUUGCUGGACUUGAGACCUGUCAGAAGUCUUUAGAGAGCUACUUGGAAGGGAAGCGGCAGAAGUUCCCGCGCUUCUUUUUCACCUCUGACCCGGUGCUGCUCAAGAUCCUCUCGCAGGGUGGCAGCGACCCCGAUACGAUCCAGGACGACUUCGAAAAGCUCUUCGAUGCCAUCAGCCGCGUGACCUUCGACAAACUGGACCGACGGAAGAUCAAAGAGAUCAAGAGCGUGGCGGGCACGUCGGAGGAGAAGGUCGUUUUGCAGGCACCUGUCAUGGCACAAGGCAACAUUGAAGAAUGGCUCCAGAACCUGGAGGUGGAGAUGAAGCGCAGCGUGCGCCGGGACUGCCGUGUGGCGGCCCAAGAGUGCGGCCACGUGUGUGCGGGCGUCUCCGUGCAAGCUUUUGCCGACAAGUACAUCGCACAGGUGGCCUUGCUGGGGAUCCAACUCAUUUGGACCGCGGACUUCCAAAAUGCCUUGUCCUUCGCGUCACGCGAGAAGGACAAGUCCGUGAUGAACGCCACGAAUCGGAAGUUCCUGGCACUCCUGCAGGAGUUGACGGCGAUUUGUCUUCAGGGCGAUCUGUCGAAGUUGAAGCGGGUGAAGUAUGAGACACUGGUCACCAUCCAUGUGCAUCAGAAGGAUCUCUUCCAAGAGGUCCUCAAGAAGCCCAAGGAUCAACGCGUGAAGGAUGAGAACGACUUCGAAUGGCUCAAGCAGACGCGCUUGUACUGGAGCACCGAGACGGACCACGCCGUGAUCAGCAUCGCUGACGUGGACUUCAUCUAUUCCUAUGAAUACCUGGGUUGUAAGGAACGACUGGUGAUCACUGCUCUCACCGACCGCUGCUACUUGACUCAGUCCCAGGCCCUGGGCAUGUACUUUGGCGGCGCACCCGCUGGACCCGCCGGAACCGGGAAGACGGAGACCACGAAGGACAUGGGACGGACGCUGGGGAUUUUCGUGGUGGUCACCAACUGCUCUGACCAGCAUCGCUUCAAAGACAUGGCAAAGAUCUUCAAAGGCUUGUGCAUGAGCGGUUUGUGGGGCUGCUUCGACGAGUUCAACCGCAUCGAGUUGGAGGUCCUGAGCGUGGUGGCCACCCAAGUGGAAUCGAUCAUGCAAGCAAAGAAGCAGAACUUGAAGAACUUCAUGUUUCCGGGUGAGCCAUAUCCCAUCAAAUUGGUCCCGUCUGUGGGCUACUUCAUCACCAUGAACCCUGGCUAUGCAGGGCGGCAAGAGCUUCCGGAGAACUUAAAAGUCCUGUUCCGUAGCGUCUCGAUGAUGGUGCCCAACCGCGAGACCAUCAUGCGCGUGAAGUUGGCCUCCGCGGGCUAUGUGGGCAUGGAUGGACUGGCGAAAAAGUUCAACAUCUUAUACAAGCUUUGCGAGCAGCAGUUGAGCAAGCAGCGCCACUAUGAUUUUGGCCUGCGCAACAUCCUCAGUGUGCUGCGGCAAUCGGGCUCGGUGAAGCGGGCGAACCCGGGUGAAGCGGAGGAAGAGAUGCUCUUCAUGCGCACCGUGCGGGACAUGAACUUGUCCAAGUUGGUGGCGGAUGACGUUCCUCUCUUUAUGAACUUGCUGGAGGAUCUCUUCCCCAAGGUGACCGAGACGCCAGAGAUGACCUACAAGAGCUUGGAAGACACCGUGAGGCGCCUCGCUGAGACCCAACGGCUCCAUGAGAAGGACACCUGGAUGUUGAAGAUCAUCCAGCUCUAUGAGAUCUCUUUGGUCCGGCACGGCUUCAUGCUCGUGGGGCCCACGAUGUGUGGCAAGAGUCGUAUCAUGCAAACCUUGACGCAAGGCAUGAGCGAAGACCCGGAGAAGCCCACGCCACACAAGCUGGUGGUCAUGAACCCCAAGGCCAUUACCGAUGCGCAGAUGUACGGCGUGAAGGAUGGUGAUGAGUGGACUCCGGGAGUCUUCGCCUCCCUUUGGCAGCAACGCAACAACCGGGCCUCGAAGUACAACUCCUGGAUCGUGUGUGACGGGCCCAUUGAUGCGAUUUGGAUUGAGAAUUUGAAUACUGUGCUGGAUGACAACAAGAUCCUGACCUUGGCGAACAACGACCGCAUUCCGAUGACGGACAAUUGUCGCAUCGUCUUCGAGGUGGAGAGCCUUCGAAACGCCAGUCCGGCCACGGUCUCGCGGGCUGGAAUCAUUUAUGUGUCGACAUCGGAUUUGGGCUGGGGCCCUUUGGUGGAAAGCUGGCUGCUGCAGCGCUUGGAAUUGGGUGCAACUAGACAGCAGGAAGUCACUGUGCUACGAAAGACCUUUGAGAGCUGGCUGCGGACGCCUCCACCCGAUGCCGGUGUGGCCGUGGACUUCUUCGAUUGGAACGCGCGGAACUUGAAGGGGGUCAUGAGUACCAACGAGACGAUCUUGAUCGCCAACAUUCUCAACUUGCUUUCGGCCAUGCUCCGCAUGCAUGUGCAAGUGAACGAGGCCAUCAGCGAGGCUGCAUGCAUUCGUGUCUUCGCGUACUCGGUGGCCUGGGGCAUGGGCGGUCUACUGGAGCCCGACGGGCGCAAAGCUUUUCAUGCCAAGCUGUGCGAAGUGAUGGAGCAAGCAGGCCAUGGCCAGUACGCGCCACCCUGCCGCGAGGGCGAGACCAUCUUCGAGUUCGUCCCCGAUCCAGGGGACCGGAGCCGGCCGUGGAAGCACUGGGCACCAGCGGAAUGGAAAGUCCCGAAGAUCUUACGCUUCUCUGCUUUGCUGAUUCCCACGAUCGACUCCUGUCGCGCGGGGUACCUGAUCGAGGUGAUUGCCAAGUUGGACCUGACCCGAACACCGCCGAAUUACAAGUCUUCCCUGAUGGUGGGCGCCGCGGGAACUGCGAAGACCUCCACGGCCAAGAUGUUUUUGAACAAGUACCCCGUCGAUGUGAUGCUCUCGAAACGCCUCAACUUCUCGAGUGCGACCACCCCACUGGGCUUGCAAAAGGCCAUUGAAGGAGAAGUGGAGAGGAAGACAGGGAAGACCUUCUGCCCGCCUGGUGGGAAGCCACUCACCGUUUUCUUGGAUGAUGCAUCCAUGCCUUUGGUGAACAAAUGGGAAGAUCAGGUCACCAACGAGUUGACGCGACAACUCAUGGAGUUUGGUGGCUUCUACUUCUUGGACCGAGACAAGCGCGGUGAAUUCAAGAGGAUCGAACACUUGACCUACAUUGCCGCCAUGAUGCAUCCAGGCGGAGGUCGAAAUGACAUCCCCAACAGGCUCAAGUCCAAAUUCUUCCUCUUCAACAUGGUCUUGCCCUCCACAGUGAGUGCGGACAACAUCUACGGCAGCAUCCUGCGCGCACGCUUCAACACCAAGCUGGGCGUCGAUGGUGGCGUCGUGGCGCUGUCGGCCAACCUCACGACGGCGACCAUCGCCCUGUGGACCAAGGUGCAGAAGGUGCUGCUGCCCACGCCCGCGAGGUUCCACUACAUCUUCAACUUACGUGAGCUGAGCCGCGUUUUCCAAGGCAUUAUGGAGACGCCGCUGGAGGUGAUGAAUGAUGAGGAGCGAUUGGUCUCGCUCUGGAGGCAUGAAUGCACCCGCGUCUUUGCUGACAAGCUCGCACGCGAGAAGGACAAGAGCCUGAUCGACAAGUUGGUGCAUGACUUUGCAUGCGAGCACUUCGGCGAGCAGCUGUCCACUUACACGAGUCCGACCACCUGGUGGUGCGACUUCCAGCGUGAUCGGCCUCCAGCUACAGAGGAUGAGGAAGAUCCAGUGGCACCGAAGAUCUACGAGCCGGUGUCAUCCCUGGCCGAUGUGUGCCGAAAGGCCUACGAGUAUUUGGCCAGGUUCAACGAGAAGAACCCUGCCAAGAACAUGAAUUUGGUGCUUUUCGAAGAUGCCUUGAUGCAUUUGAUGCGCAUCAACCGCACCAUUCAGCAGAAGCGGGGCAGCGCCAUGCUGGUGGGCGUGGGCGGCAGUGGCAAGCAGUCCUUGACUCGACUGGCCGCGUUCAUCUCGGGGCACCACAUUUUCCAAAUCACCAUCACCAAGACCUAUGGAGAGGUCCAGUUCUUGGAAGACUUGAAGGAGCUGUUUAUCAUCGCUGGACAGAAGGAUGAGGAUGUGACCUUUAUUUUCACGGACCAAGAUGUAAUCAAUGAGAACUUCCUUGAGAUCAUGAACUCCAUCUUGGCCACAGGGGAAGUGGUGGGUUUACUCCAGAAGGAUGAGAAGGAGGCGGUGUGCAAUGAGGUGAGGAAUGACUUCGCUUCCGAUUAUCCUGGGCAAGAGGAAAACACCACCAAUCUCUACAACUACUUCCUCAACCGGCUCCGAGACAACUUGCACAUUGUCCUUUUCUUCUCACCUCUCCAUCACAAGUUCGCGAUCCGCGCGCAGAUGUUCCCUGCCGUGUUCUCGGGCGUGAAUAUCAACUGGUUCUUGCCCUGGCCGGAAGAAGCCUUAGUGGCCGUCAGUGCGAACUUCCUGAAGAACUUCAAGAUCGACACCACCGAGGAGAACCGCAAUCGCCUCUACGAACUCAUGGCCUCCUUUCAGAAUCGCAUCAGUGACGUGUCCAAGGUCUACCUCUCGCGCAUGCGGAAGCACGUCUAUGUCACGCCCAAGAGCUUCUUGUGCUUCAUUGAGUACUACAAGAAGCUCUACGCAUCGAAGUAUGAGGACGUCAAUGUACAAGAGAAGAGCGUGAACAUUGGGCUUCGCAAGCUCGAGGAGGCAGCGAAGAGCGUGCUGGACAUGCAGGAUGACAUCGAACGCCAGGAGAAAGUCUUGAAGAUGGAAACGGAUAAGGUCACUGCACUGGUGAAGAAGGUCCACGGAGAGAAGCAGAACGCGGAGGAAAAAGCUGAAGAGGUGGGCAGCAUCGCCAAGACCUGCGAGGACAAUGCCAUGGCCAUCGACGCGGAUCGCCAAGAAGCCAAUCGGGAGCUACAGGAGGCCUUGCCCUACCUGCAUGAGGCGAACGCAGCUUGCCAGUCCAUCAAAGACAAGGACAUCGUGGAACUGAAGGGCAACAAGGCUCCCGUGGACAUCGUGAAAUUGACCUUCGACGGUUUGUUGCUCUUGAUGGGGCACAAGGUCACAGAGGUGAAGGUGGAAGACAAGCUCAUCAACAAGGUCUCAGGCACCUUCAUCAAGGAUUCCUUCGAUGAGCAUGCGAAGGCUGUGUUGAACGACAUGAACUUUUUGAGGAACCUCAAGAGGUUUGCGGAGAAUGAUCGCGACACCAUCAAUGAUGAGACCUGCGAGCUCAUCGAGCCCUACUUGCGCUUCGACCCGGAUCCCAACAAGAGCUGGGGCCCUUGGAAACACGCUGUGCUGGAUCAAAGCUUGGCCAAGAAAGCCAACGCAGCUGCUGAGGGGCUCUGUAAGUUCGUGGGUGCCAUGGUGAUGUACCAUGAAGCCUCCAAGAUCGUGAAGCCCAAGAUGGACUUCUUGAAGGUGCAAGAAGCCAAGCUGGAGAAGGCGCGUGGGGAGUUGGCCGAGGCGGAGGCGGAGCUCCACAAGGUGCAGAGCGAAGUGGCUGAGUUGGAUCGACAGCUUCAAGCGGCCUUCCAUGCCAAAGCGGAGCUCGAGGCCAGCAAAGAGGCUCAGAAGCGGAAGAUGGAUGCGGCCAACCGUUUGCUGAAAGGCCUGGAGACGGAGCAGGACCGCUGGACCGAGGACGCGGCGAACUUCGCCACGCGGCGCCUGGCGCUGGUGGGCGACGUGGCGCUGGCGGGCGGCUUCGUGACGUACUGCGGGCCCUUCAACUCGGAGUUCCGGGACAAGAUCACGCAGGAGAACUUCAUGCAUGACAUCCAGCAGCUGAAACUUCCGGCCAAUGACCGCGUGAAUAUCGUGGAAUUUUUGGUGGAUGAGGGCACCGUCGGCGAGUGGUCCUUGCAGGGUUUGCCCAGCGAUGAGCUGUCCAUCCAGAAUGCCAUCAUGGUUACUCGAUCCUCGCGCUACCCCUUGAUGGUGGACCCACAGGGGCAAGCCUUGGCUUGGAUCAAAAACAAAGAGCAUGAACGAAUUGCUUUGGAGCCGAACAUGUGCGUGACGACGCUUCAAAACCGCUUGCUGAAAGAUCAGCUGGAGUGUACCAUCAGUCAUGGCUUCUGUUUGAUCAUCGAAAACGUGGAGAAGGAAGUGGAUCCGAUCCUCGACCCUGUCUUGGAGAAGGCGGUGGUGAACAAGGGAUCGGCGACGUCCAAGAAGUUAGUGAUCCGGAUCGGUGAUGGAAACGUCGACUACGACGAGAGGUUUUGUUUGUACAUGACCUCGCGCCUGCCGAACCCCCACUUCAGCCCGGAGCUCUCAGCCAAGACGACGGUGAUCGAUUUUACGGUGACCUUGAGAGGCUUAGAGCAACAACUGCUGGGGCGGGUGCUCAACAUGGAGCAACGCGCCUUGGAAGAGAUGCUGGUGCAACUCAAGGAAGACGCCACCAACAACACCAAGAGCUUGCAGGCGUUCGGGAAGCAGCUCCUUGAAAGGUUGUCCAGCUCCAAAGGGAACCUGUUGGAUGAUGGAGAGCUGAUUGAAGUCUUGGCCAAUACCAAGGCGAAGGCGAAGGAUGUGGAAGGAAAGCUCGAGGAGGCACGUCAGAGGACCUUGGAGAUCGAUGAGAAACGGGAGCAGUUCCGCGCGGUGGCGACGCGAGGCAGUCUGAUGUAUUUCAACAUGACGGACAUGGUCUUAGUCAGCAAUCCCAUUACCCUGCAGCCAAGUGGUUGGAUGUACAGCUGUUCGUUGAAUCAGUUCCUGGAGCAAUUCGACUACUCCGUGAAGCAUUCCGAGAAGGUCCAGCCCACGGUGAAGCGCGUGGAGCGCAUCAUCGACUUCCUGACCUACCAGGUCUACCGAUACAUGAACCGAGGCCUUUUCGAGCGCGACAAGAUGAUGUUCAAGUUGAUGGUGGCCCUGAAGAUUUCGGUGGUGAACGGUGAUUUGACCAGCGAUGAUGUGAUGCUCUUCCUGAAGGCUGGGGGGUCCUUGGAUAAGAACGUGGAGAAGGAUUGCCCCUUCAGCAAGUGGAUGAACGAGAAGGUGUGGCUGAAUGCGAUCCAACUGACGCGCCAUGGCUUUGGCCCCGGGCAGAACCCCCUCUUCCGAGAUCUCACGGAUUUGCUUCAGAGGAACGACAUCGGUUGGCGAAAGUGGUUCGAUGAGAGCGAACCAGAGAAUUGCCCCGUGCCGGAGUACGAAGAUCGGAUUUGUGUCCUUCGAAAUCUUGGGCCUUUCAUCCGAUUAGCGUUGGUGCGAUCCUUACGGGAGGAUCGAGUUGGCAUUGCCUGUGCCCAAUUCAUUGACCAGCAGUUGGGCUCCAAGUUCACCGCACCAAUCACAGACACCAUCUUCGAAGUCUACCAGGAGUCCGGCGCUCGCAAACCGGUGCUGUACCUCCUGUCCGCGGGCACGGACCCAACCAACAUGAUCGAUGAGCUCGCGAAGCGGAAGAAGAAGUUCCCCACGGACAAGGUCUCCAUGGGAGAAGGGCAAGAGAAAGUGGCUCGGGAGAAGAACAAUGCAGCCUUCAUCUCUGGCGGAUGGCUGGUCUUGCAGAAUUGUCAUUUGGGCAUCGAUUACAUGAACGAGGUGGAAGAGACCUUGAUGAAGACGCCUGAAAUCCAUCAAGACUAUCGUUUGUGGAUCACCUGCGAAAUCACCAGUCGCUUCCCCAUUGGCUUGCUUCACUUGUGCAUCAAGGUGACUCAAGAGCCGCCCGCAGGCUUGAAAGCAUCCCUUCAUCGCACCUACACCACGAUGGUCACACAGGAAACCUUGGAUAAGGUGGAUCACGAGAAGUGGCGAGCACUCCUCUAUGCCAUUUCCUUCCUGCACAGCAUCGUUCAAGAGAGACGGAAGUUUGGGCCUAUCGGAUGGUGUGUGCCCUAUGAGUUCAACAAUAGUGACCUUGAUGCUUCCUUGCUCUUUCUGGAGAAGCACCUCUCCUCAACCAUCAUGGUUGGAACACCACUCUCCUGGAAUACCAUUCAGUACAUGGUGGCGGAAGUGCAGUACGGAGGACGGAUUACCGAUGACUUGGAUCGGGAGCUCUUCAUCACCUAUGCUGCGCGCUGGCUUUGUGACGAGAUGUUCAAAGCGUCCUUCGCAUUCAAUAGCUACAACUCGGACUACCAGUACAAGAUUCCGGAGGGUUUAGACAUGAAUGUGUACCGAGACCAUAUUGAAACCAUCCCACCGGUGGAAUCGCCCUUGAUCUUCGGGCUGCAUCCCAAUGCGGAUAUCACUUACCGCUUGAAGGAAGCAUCGGAGAUGCUCACGACCAUCAUCGAGACGCAGCCCAAAGACACCAACGCGAGCGUGGGGAAGUCCAUGGAUGAGCAGGUGAAAGACCAGUGCUCAGAUCACCUGGAAAAGAUGCCUCCAGACUUGGUGGAGGAGGUCUUCCGUGCACAGAUUCACCGCAAGGAUGGCUUGAAGGGCAGCAAUGAGCGGGGGUUCAAGGCGCCCUUGAACAUAUUCCUCUUCCAAGAGCUGCAGCGCUUGCAGCACAUCAUCGGUAUUGUCCGUAUGAGCUUGGAGAAUCUCAUCAUGGCUAUUGAGGGCACAGUGGUGAUGACGGUGGAUUUGUUGGAGGAUUCGAAUUGCGUCUUCGAUGGGCGCGUACCUAAGAGGUGGACCCAUGACGCCUCCGGUGCUGAAAUCAGCUGGUUGCUCCCCACCUUGGGUGGCUGGUGCACCGGGCUCACCGAUCGGUAUACUCAGCUGAUCUGGUGGCUGGAGCACGGGCGGAAAGACUGGAAGUCCUUUUGGAUGACCGGCUUUACCAAUGCGCAGGGCUUUCUCACUGGCAUCCGCCAGGAGGUGACCAGGCAACACAAGAAUCAAAACUGGGCGCUGGACGACGUGGUGACGCACACGGAGGUCCUCCCUUUGGAGUUCGCGGACCGCGCCCACCCACCCGAGGAGGGCCAGAACAUCCACGGUCUCUUCAUCGAAGGUGCUCGCUGGAAUCGCUUGGACGGCCGGCUGGAGGAAUCUGAGGCGAAAAAGCUACAGAUGAACAUGCCGGUGAUCUACAUCACUGCAGUGGAGGUGAAAAGCAAAGGCAACGCAAAUGCGGGGCAAAGCUAUCCUCCACUCAACGCUGCCGUGUAUAAGUACCCGCGCAGAAAUGACAGGUACUUGAUUUUCAGACUCUUCCUGAGAUCUGGUGAUCAUCAUCCGCAUCACUGGAAGCUUCGGGGGGGUCUGCUUGGUGGCGCAGACAGACUGAGCUGCCCCAGUGGCAAAAAGGGACGCCGGUCCGCGAGCGUCGCGUCGACGAGCUGCGCGGAACGGGUGGGGGCGACCGGCCUCUCGCCCUCGGGACAUGAGUUUCGCGGCAAAACGGCUUGGCAAUGA